AUGGAGGAGGCGGAUCGGCGGCGUCUGCGCCGCUCCCGGGUGCGGCUGGUGAAGGAGCUGCGGCUGGAGCCGCUCUGGGCGCCGCUGCUGCGCCGGGGCCUCUUCACCGCGGACAUGCUGGAGGAGAUCCAGUCGGCGGGCCCCCGGCCGGACCAGGCGCGGCAGCUGCUGCGCGACGUGGAGACGCGGGGCCGGCGGGCCCUGGCCGACUUCGUGCUGUGCCUGCGGGACACCGGCCAGGAGGGGCUGGCGGAGCUGCUGAGCGACGGACGCCGCCCGGAGGGGGAGGACCCCGGGGCCCAUCGUCCUCCUCCUCCUCCUCCUCCUCCGCCCGCGACGGAGACCCCCUGCGAAGCCCAGCCCGGCCGGCCGGGCCCCCCGGAAGAGAAGCCCCAGAGGGACUCCGACAUGGUUUACCCCCUGACCUCUGAGCCCUGCGGCUACUGUCUCAUCAUCAACAACGUCAAUUUCAACAAAGACACGGAUUUGAAACGCCGCCUGGGCUCCAACGUCGAUUGCCAGAGGCUGGAAAAGAGGUUCCGGGCGCUGCAUUUCGAGAUCCUGACCAAGGAAGACCUCACAGCUCAGGAAAUCAGCCAGGAGCUGCAGAGCCUGGCCAGGCGGGAUCACAGCACCCUGGACUGCUGCCUGGUGGUCAUCCUCUCCCACGGCUGCGAGAGCUACCACAACCAGAUUCCGGGCGCCAUCUUCGGGACAGACGGGCAGCGCAUUGCGCUGCAGAAGGUGGUCAGCUAUUUCAACGGCUCCCACUGCCCAAGCCUGAGGGGGAAGCCGAAGCUGUUCUUCAUCCAGGCCUGCGGAGGAGAGGAAAAAGACCCGGGCUUCAAAAUGGAGACAGACGCUUCGCAGGGCCGGCUUGAAGAGAAGACCGUGGAGUCGGAUGCCACCCCAAUGCGGGGGCCGGGCGGAGACCACGAUGAGCUUGAUGCCACAGCCAGCCUGCCCACCGACAGCGACAUCCUGGUUUGCUACCCGACCUUUCCAGGCCACGUGUCCUGGCGGGACACCCAGAGCGGCUCCUGGUUGAUCGAGACUCUGGACCAGGUCUUGGCUGAGUACGCCCACCAGGAGGACCUGUCCAGCAUCCUCAUGAAGGUGGCGAACAUCGUCGCUGACAAAGAUGCAGGGCCUUACAAGCAAAUGCCGGGUCAUGUCAACUUUCUCCGGAAAAAGUUUUUUUUCAAGGUCUGAUGAACGUUUGCUGGUCCUUCGCCAUUCCUGGCACUCGAGACGUAUUUCUGGAGAUGUAUUUCUUGGGGGUGGAGGGGGAGAUAUUUAUUUAAGGCCCCGUUUUGCCACCUGGUGCUAAGGAGCUGGUACCUUUCCAGUGCUGUGUUCCAUGGAGAAGCCCCCACCAGCAAGCAGGUAGAGACCCCAGACUCCAAAUGAUCUCCCCUCCCCUUUGGAGCUGCAUGGAAACCCGUGUUUGGCCUUUCCGACUUAUUCAGCUCUAAUGGAACAAACCGAUUUGAAUCAAGUUUUUACUGUUUUACGUUUCUGUUCUUUUUUCAAGAAAUCAAAAUUAUUACAAUGAGAGGUGCUGAUAGGAAAAACACAGUGUCUUAAAUUGUUAUUUAAUUAUUUGAGGGAUGAGCACAAUGUCUGAUAAUCUUUUUACAUCAUUAAAUAUU